AUGAGUGACGAGCUCCGUCCAGCAGUGAAUGUUUUCGCUGGUCGCCUGGGUGGUAACCAAGAUUUUAUUCUCAAUCGGACAGACCCAGAAAAUGCUUCUCUCCUGAAAGAGAUACCAGAUGCGGCGCCCCUUAUCCCUUAUCAACAGCUUUUUGGCUUAAAGGGCUUGCUUAGAAUUGCUCUAUGGAAGCAGGGCGUUAUUGAGGGAGUCGGGACAUUUAUCCUUGUUUACCUCACGGCAUACCUAGCCAUGUCGCCAGCUAAUGCUCCCCUCCCAAGUCCUACACCAAGCCUAGGCAUUCUCGGCACCAGCACGUUCGUCGGUGCAAUCAUCGGUACAAUCCAGGCUAUUAUGAUCCUCACGCUAGCAAUUUACUGCUUUGGUCCUAUAACAGGAGGCCAUUUGAAUCCUUUUAUAACUAUCGCCACAUUCCUAGUUCGACUUACGUCUCUACCUCGGGCUUUGAUCUACGUAACAUUCCAGCUCACCGGUGCCUCGCUAGCGGGCCUCAUGCUACGCGCGAGCUGGGGUGGUCGCGAUUUCAAAGUGGGCGGAUGCUUCCUGAUCAAUGACUUCCCUCCCGGUUCAACUGCUCCCGCGAGUGAGAAGGUUGGGCUAGGUAACGCCUUUGCCGUCGAGUUCACAGGCUCUUUCAUCCUCAUUAUCAUCGUUUUUGGAGUUGCAAUGGAUCCACGCAACAAAUCUCUGCUUGGCCCAACCUUGGCCCCGUUUCUAGCAGGGUUAACACUUGGCUUGGUGAGCUUAAGUCUCAGUGUCGCAAAGGUUGCCUACGGUGGACCCAGCAUGAACCCAGCCAGAUGUUUUGGGGUAUUUGUUGGCACCGGUUUUAGUGGCACAUCGUGGCACUGGAUUCACUGGGUCGGUCCAGUUGCCGCUGCCGUUUUACAUGCCAUGAUGUAUAAUUUAGUCCCACCAUGGCAGUUCAGAGGGGAGGUGGAAGAAGUCGUGAGCCAGCCCGGCAAGACCGGCAUGAUGCCUGCUCACUCACCGAGCGUGGGAGGAAGUGGUGACCCGGAUGCAGUUCGGACGCAGCACCAACUACGCGAUGGAAGAUCUUGCUUUAUACCUCUCUCAAACAGCAUGACUCUCCGGGCGAGGAAAAUGUUCAGUGAUAACGCUUGA